AUGAGGUGUAUCGUGUCCCACGGCGACAUAUCUUGCACCAUGCUUGUUAGGAUGAACUGUAAAACUUUCCAGAAACUUUGUACACUUCUUAGAGAUGUGGGAGGCCUUAGGUGUAGUUGGAACAUUGAGAUAGAUGAAAUGGUGGCCAUCUUCCUUUACACCAUAGCCCAUAACGAGAAAAACCGUCAACUCCAAGUUACCUUCCGUCGUUCAGGAGAAACAAUCUGUAAGGUAAUCAAAACUGUUCUUAAUUCAGUUUUGAAACUUCACUCUCUUUUACUUCGCAAACCCAAGCCUGUUCUCGAGGAUUCUGACGAUCCAAAAUGGAAGCACUUCAAGAAUUGCCUUGGGGCACUUGAUGGAACAAUAGUUAAUGUACGUGCAACGAAAGAGAAUCAAUAA